AUGCGUUUCAAACAGUCUGUUACUACUAUAUUCUUCACACUGCUGCUAGGAGCGGGACUGCUGUCUUUUUUUGUGAUUUUAUCGGGGGCCCGGAACUCGGGCGUUCUUAAAAACUUCUACUGGCUGGAGGCUGAUACCUCCGGGCUGGGUGGUGCCCCAAGCACCACCCGAUGGUUCAAUUACGACUGGUGCGCGUACGAAAACGGGAACCUGCAGGGCUGCUCGUCGAAAAAACCGGCGUCUCCGUUUUCGCCCAGGGACAAUUUCGGCUCGAGCAGCGGUCUGCUAGCAGCGUUUGCCAACGACCGGAACACCUACUACUACCUGUCGCGCGUGGCGUGGGCCAUGCUGCUGGUGGGACUCGUGUACAUUGUGAUUGCGUUGGUUCCCGUGUUUGUGACCAUUUUCUCCACAUCUCUGGUGAACGCGUGGCUUGCAGUGCUAGCCGUCUGGCUCGCCUGGUUUUUCGUGACGCUGGCCGCGUGUUUGUACACGGGCUGCUACGUCAAGGGCCGCAAGGUGUUCUCCGACGCUCAACGGCACGCCAAGCUGGGGCCCCGGAAUUUUGCGUUCAUAUGGACCAGCGUUGCUCUGUUGCUGGCGUGUGCCAUUUGGUCGUCUGUCGCGGCGUCGUUUUUCAGCGCUCGUCGGUUUUCAGGCUCUCGACACGAUCGGAAUCGUCGUCGUUACGAGGGUCUCGAAUCCGGGUUCUCCGACGACACUUAUGGAGGCGACAAAACCACUUUGGACACUGGCGAUAAUCGGUCUGGACACAGGAACGUCAAGUUUUGGAAAAUGCGGGUCAAGCGCGACCCUCUUGACGCCUCUUUUGGUGGCCAACCACAACAGCAACAGCCGAUUAUGGCUACAGAGUACGAUUCUGAAGGCGCUCCUGUAAUUCGCGCGUAG